AGUGUUAAUGUAACUUUGAAGUGAAACGGUAGACAGAAAAAAAUGUCAAAGUUAUUAUUUCUUGUCAUUCUCUUAUCAGCCAAUGCGCAAAGAUUACAGUAUAGUUCCGACAACCGUUCAAUUCGUGAUGGAAUUGAAAUUAAUUAUUUAGAUGAUGUCGCGGAACCUCAAAGCGAAUUAAGUUAUCGGCUACCGAAUAAUACGCGACCGGAAAUAUAUUUUAUAAAUUUAGAUUUUGGGGAUUUUCAUUUAGAUGAUUUGGAUUUUUCAGGAAACGCUCUUAUAUCGAUAGAAAUUCUUGAAGAUACCAACACAAUUACAUUACACAGUUCAGUUGAAUUGUUGGAAACCAGUUUAACAAUGUUUAACGAUAUUGGUUCAACUUGGGAAGAAAUUGAACACAGAUAUGAGCUUGAUUUGACAAGAGAGUUUUUAAUAAUCACAACAGCUGAAACCUUAACGCGCGGCAAUUUCGUACGAAUAAAUUUCACGUAUCAUGGCACAAUAGGAACGGAAAUUAAAGGAUUCUUCCGAGGAAGUUAUCUUCACAAUGAAAACGAGAGAAGAUAUUUCGUUGCAACACAUAUGCAGCCGACUUUCUUCCGACGUAUUUGUCCAAGCUAUGACGAGCCGCAAUUUAAAGCAUUUUAUACAAUCAGCGUCAUUUAUAAUCCACCUUAUGAAUUUGCACUUUCAAACUCUCCAGCUGAGUUCACAAAGAUUGAAAUAAACAAUCGAACCAGAACUCUUUUCGAGCAAACAUCGACGAUAAUGCCAACUUACUUGAUUGCAUUAGCCAUCACAGAUUUCGAAAGCAAUUCAAACACAACAUCAAAUGGUGUCAAAUUUACUGCAUACUCUCGGCCAGAACAGAUUCAAAACACCGAAUUUGCUCUUGAUACUGCAAUUAAAGCGCUUGGUCUUUACGAGAAGGCUUUUGAAAUAGAAUAUGAGCUUGAGAAAUUGGAUCAGGUCGCAUUACCGGUCUUCAAUCGGGGUGGGAUGGAAAAUUAUGGAAUCGUGUUUUAUCAUGAGGAUUACAUGUUGUAUGAACCUUCGGUUACAACAGCCUUUGAUAAAGAAUUUGCUGCAGCAACGAUUGUUCAUGAGAUCUGCCAUAAGUUUUUCGGAAAUCUUCUCACUCCUCAAUGGUGGAGUGUGGUUUGGCUUUCAGAAGGUUUUUGCAGAUUCUACGAGUAUUACAUGACAGAAAAAAUUUAUCCCACAAUGAGAAUGGAAGAAUUGUUUGCUGUUGAGGCAGCACAGAAUAUUAUGUAUCGUGAUUCUUCGCUCACAACGCGUCCUAUGACUUGGUAUGUGGAGUCGCCCAGUGCUGUUGCUGGAUUAUUCGAUGGCAUAGCUUAUAGCAAAUCUGCAAGUGUUAUUCGAAUGUUUUUAUAUUCACUAUCAGAAGAAACGUUCCAUAAAGGCCUUAAAAUAUACUUAAGUAAGUUAACAUCCAAUCCUCAAGGUGUAGCGGUCCCGGAGCAUCUUUACGAUGCUUUACAAAUGGCUGUUGACGAGGACGAAGCUUUGCCGGAAAACUAUAAACUCGCAGAAUUAUUUGGCAGUUGGGAAAAGCAAGCUGGUUAUCCUUACGUAUAUGUGGAGCGGAGUUACAAUGAUUACCGCAUUAGGUUCACUCAGAAUCGAUUUACUGACGAUGUCGUAGAUGGUGUGGUUUGGGAUUCAUUAUGGCACAUUCCCAUUACUUACACUUCAAAAGCUAAUCCGACGUUUGAAACGAAACCAAAAUUCUGGAUGAGUCAACGACAGAUGGAGAUUACUUUGGAUGAUGUGAAAUUAAAUUCAUAUUUUAUGGUGAACGUGCAGCAAACAGGUUACUACCGCGUUCAAUACGAUGAAGCUAAUUGGAUGCUGAUUGCGAAUGAAUUGUCUCAUGGGGACUUUUCUGUAUUCUCACCUAAUAGUCGAGCAAUGUUGAUUGAUGAUGCUGCCGUAUUUUUCGAGAAUAAAAUACUCAAAGUUCGAAUUUUCUUGGAGCUGAUAAAAUAUCUUGAGCACGAUAGAUUUCUUCGAGUUUUACUUGAAAGAAUUUUCAAUGCUUUCGGAGCGGAAGAAGUUGAAAAUGAACCACAUUAUCAUAAACACAUCCGAAAUAUCGCCAUCAAUUGGGCGUGUCAAGCACACUUAGAUUCGUGCAUCAGUGAAACACGUUUUAAGUUCAAUGAUGUUAAGGAAGGUACCAGAAUUGGAUUCUCAAACGACCAUGAAACUGCAUUAUUCUGCAAUGGAAUUUUAAAAGGGGGAGAAACAGAAUUUAAUUUCAUGUGGAAUCUUUACACGAACUCAUUUGUGGCAACCAGAAGAACUUUCUACCUCAACUCAAUCGGAUGUAUUGAGAACGAAGAGAUUUUAACAAGAUUCAUUCACAGUAUCCUUGAAAGCAAUGACAUCGAUAACAGCAAUGAAGAGUGGCUAACAAUUGUACAAGCUACUUAUGCCAAUGGCCCAAUUGGAUUGAGAGUAGCUUUACAAUUCUUGAGGGAGAAAUAUGAUCCGUUCAUUGACUUAUUAGUCAGAUUGGAUCGAUUGUCAUCACUGAAUUCCAUUUUCCGUGGAAUUGCUAAUCGAAUUAACACCGAAACUUUAUCAAGGCAGUUUAGAGAACUACUUGUGAUAUACGAAAUCGACGACGCUACUUUAAAUGAUGUUAAUGAAACAACGACUGUUAAUCUAGCAUGGCUUGCGACGUACUCAGAUGACAUUCAAGAGUUUCUCGAUGAUUUUUUCCGAAUCAGAUCGUUUUCAACGACAACGACAAUUUCAUAUUUCAUGAUUAUAUUUGGUUUGGGUUUUAAUUGGAUUAUGCAAAAUUAAAUGAGUUUGGAGUGUUAAAGAUUGCUUGAAGCUGUGAGCUAAGAGAGAAAAUGAUUAAAUAUUUAAAUAGUGAAUAAAAUUUUCUUUCAUACAUUUUUCGUCGUCCUUGAAAUCU